CAUGUGAGUUUUGUAUCUAAAAGUACUGAAGAACUUCACCAAGUAUUUAUUCUAUAUAUAAGGUUCUACGUCUGGGUACAUUUCUAAGUCACCAACCUCCACACAAAACAUCUCAGCAGUUCACAACUUGGAAACAUUGUCAAUGGCACUCCCUCAUUUCAUGUCUAUUUCUACCAACAUUCCUACAAACAUCGACCCACAAACCGGCAACACCAGACUCCCUCACACUGCAACUAUGCCUACCACCCAGAAAUGGAACAUGUCCCAAGCCCUCACCUUGAAUUCUAACCCCUCAACACAACAAAACCUUAAAACUGAAUACGCCAACUUUACAGAUGAGCUUCACAUCAAACAUGCAAAAAAACUGAACGAAGUUAAGCAUUCAUUCAGCAAAGUAGGAGAAGAUCCAUUAGAAGGUUUGGCCAUGAUUGAUGCCGUCCAGCGCCUAGGCAUUGACUACCACUUCCACGAGAAGAUUGAUGAAGUCCUACAAAGGCAUUAUACUAAAAUUAACACUCAUACUUGUGUAGAUAACUACGACGACCUUUAUGAGGUUUCACUUCGUUUCAGACUACUGAGACAAGAAGGUUACUAUGUGACUGCAGGUGUGUUUAACAAAUUCAAGGGCAAGGACGGGAUGUUCAAAGAAAAACUGAAACAAGACAUCAAGGGAUUGAUGGGUUUAUAUGAGGCCUCGCAGCUAAGAAUAGAACAGGAAGAUGUACUUGAUGAUGCUGCAAACUUUAGCAGCCACAUUCUUUCUUCAUGGGUGAAACAUCUUGAUCAUCAUCAUCAAGGUAGAAAUAUUAUUAGGAGUACAUUAACGAAUCCCUAUCACAAGAGCUUGGCAAGGUUCAUGGUGAAAAACUUUAUCAAAGAUUUCAAUGGCAUUAAUGGUCAGGGAAAUGUCCUGCAAGAACUGGCAGAAAUGGAUUUCAAGUUGGUUCAAUCCAUACACCAACGGGAAAUCCUUCAAGUUUCCCAAUGGUGGGACAACCUAGGCUUGGCAAAGGAGUUAAAGUUUGCCAGAGACCAACCACUUAAAUGGCACAUGUGGUCCAUGGCCAUCCUCACAAAUUCCAGCUUCUCGGAACAAAGGAGCGAGCUCACAAAACCCAUUUCUCUAAUUUACAUAAUAGAUGACAUAUUUGAUGUUCAUGGAACGCUCGAUGAACUCACUCUCUUCACCGAAGCUGUCAACAGAUGGGACAUUGCUGCUCUUGAGCAUCUCCCUGACUGCAUGAAGAUAAGCUUCAAGGCUCUUUAUGACACCACUAACGAAAUUGGCUACAAGAUCUACAAAAAGCAUGGAAGAAACCCCACAGAAUCCCUACGAAAGGCGUGGGCCACUUUGUGCAAUGCAUUUCUAGUAGAAGCAAAAUGGUUUGCUUCUGGACACUCACCCAAGGCAGAGGAGUACUUGAAGAAUGGGGUUGUUAGUUCAGGGGUGCAUGUGGUUCUAGUCCACGUCUUCUUUCUCUUGGGUCAUGGCUUAACCAAUGAAAGUGCAAAUCUUGUAAAUGAUAUUCCAGAGCUUAUGCAUUCUGUGGCAACAAUUCUUCGUCUUUGGGAUGACUUGGGAAGUGCCAAGGAUGAGAAUCAAGAAGGGCAUGAUGGGUCAUAUGUAGAGUACUACAUGAAGGAACACCAAGGCUGUUCGGUUGAACUUGCACAGCAACAUGUUCAUAACAUGAUUUCGGAUGCUUGGAAACGCCUCAACAAGGAGUGCCUCCAUCCAAAUACGUUUCCAGCAUCUUUCAAGAUUGCUACUUUAAAUGUUGCAAGGAUGGUUCCUUUGAUGUACAGUUAUGAUAACAAUCAUCACCUUACAGACCUUGAGGAACAAGUCAAGCAAAUGCUCUAUGGCUCUGUUUCCUUAUAAAUCUCCUAAGAUAUCAAAAAGAAUAAUGUUUGACGUUUAGAGUCAGAUGUAGAAUCAGCUUUUUCCUGCAAACAGUACUACAGCUCUUGUAAUAUAUAACCCUUUUUUCUUAUUUAUGGUCAUACUAGUAAAAUUCAUGUA